AAGAGACAGAGAGAAAGAGAGAGGGGUUUAGGAUUAAUAGCUAAGAAUAACUAGAACUUAGGACAAGUUUAAGCUUUAUCAAUGGCCUCAGGUUCAGCCCUUUUUGAGGAUUAUCUUCAGUGUCCUGUGUGCCGUGAUGUCUUCAGCGAUCCCGUGCUCCUCAUGUGUUCUCACAGCUUCUGUCGCCUCUGUCUGGAACAGUUCUGGCAACACGCCGAGUCUUCCACAUGUCCGCUGUGCAGGACGAGCUCGUCAGUGAAUCAUCCUCCAUGUAAUCUCGCUCUGAAGAACCUGUGCGAGGUUUUCAUACAGGAGAGCAACCAAAAUGCUUCAGCCAGAGCUGAGCUUCUCUGCACACAGCAUAACAUGAAGCUCACACACUACUGUCUGGAGGAUAAGAAGCCCGUGUGUGCGGAGUGUCAAAUCUCAAAAACACACCAUAAGCACUGCUUUAAACUGCUCGAUGAAGUGGCCGUGGAUCUGAGGUCGGACUUGAAAAGAAAACUGGCAUCACUGAAGGAGCGAAUGAAACUCUUCCAAAAUGCAAAACACACUUGCAUUCAAGCUGAGCAUUACAUUAAGUGUCAGGCCCACUCUACUGAGUCUCUGAUAAGGAGAGAGUUUGAGAAGAUUCACAUGUUUCUCUGGGACGAAGAGGCCGCUCGAGUCUCUGCCCUGAGGGAGGAAGAGGAGCAGAGAGUUCAGUCAGUGGUGAUGAAGAUGACCCAAAUUAACAGAGAUAUUUUAGUUUUAUCUGACAAAGUUACAGCUAUUGAGGAAGGAAUAGAAGCAAACAACAUUUUAUUUCUGCAGAACCAUGAAGCUACUGUGAAAAGAACUGAGUGUGAGCAAACGGAUCCUGAGAUCAACUCUGCAUCACUGAUUGAUGUGGCAAAACAUCUGGGCAACCUGAGGUUCCGAGUGUGGGAGAAGAUGCUGAGUAUUAUCAAAUACACUCCUGUUACCCUUGACCCCAACACGGCUCACCCCUGUCUACACCUGGAUGAAAAUCUGACCCGAAUGGAGCUUCGUACUGGGAGUCUCGAACUUCCUUUGAACCCUCUGAGAUUCAGUGACUAUUCGAGUGUCAUAGGUUCUAAGGCCUUUGAUUCAGGUAAACACAGCUGGGACGUCGAAGUUGGGAGCAGCUCGGCCUGGGCCGUCGGGGUGAUCUCCGAGUCUGCAUAUAAGCACAAAGAAAUCCUCUCCAAGCAAGGUCUAUGGCAUAUAGGAUACUACAAAGGGAAAUAUGGCCAUGGUGUGUCAGAUGAGAUGCUUACUCCUAUCAAACUGCAGGAGAAACUCCGGCGGAUCAGAGUGCUGCUGGACUGGGAUGGAGGCUGUGUUUCAUUCUUUGACCCUGACAGUGAUACUCAUGUGCAUACCUUUGUGCACACGUUCACUGAGAGAGUCUAUCCAUACUUCUGUAAUGCCUGCCCUGAUCAAGCUCUGAGAAUUGUCCCAGUGGGGCUCUCUAUUACUGAAGAGUAGUUAAUGUAGAUAUAAAACAAGUCUCAUAACUCUAAACAGAGUUGCACAAGAUAAUAAAAUUAACUGUGAUGAUACUGGUGCACUGGGCCAAAAGGUUAAACUAAUUGUCUUCCAGUUUUUUUGUUGUUGUUGUUUUAGCCCUUUCUUUUCUAUGCACCUUUAUACAACCAUCAUGCUGUGAUAACAUUUAUUUAGCAUUUUUUUCUAUAUCAGUGUUCAAGGAAUCCACUCAAUGUGAAUAAAAAACAAUGUGAUUAUAGAGUUAUGAGAGUAAAAAAUAUUUUUAUAAAAUAUUUGUAUAAAAA